GCCUCGCACCCAUGCACGGAGACAAGGUCGUGGAUGGACGGGAGUGAAAAUUUUUCACCAGACAUGAAAAGUCACAUGUCGCCAAUCUAUUCCAGGACUGCAUGUUUGACACUAUGCACAGCAAGUGGUCUUGGUGUGAAUUCUAGACGGCGUUUAAGCAGCAAAAUAAGUGCCAAGCAAACUAAGGAGCUUGAUAAGGUUUCCUACCCGCGGAGAUCCAGUAGAAGCCGCGGAAAUAGGCUGACUUUGACUGUGCAGAGUCAGUCGCACUUCCCCGGCGCUUUAUUUUUGCAUCUGGUACAGGUGCUGUCUGUCGCACCCUAGCAAUGAGACGUCGGGAACUCCUCCCGGAGAGAUGCUUUCGCCGUGGUACAUACCUGUCACGGCGGGCGUGAGACAGACAAGUCUCCGUCUUUCGAGACCUGAGCGUAUGCGAAAACACUACCGGCUUCAGGCACCUGACGCAAACUUAUAGUUUGAUGCUGUGACCCUAUGUCAGUGGGGUUAAAUUUAGAGUUUCCCAGACCCUACGGCAUCGAUUAGUUUUUACCGGGCCUGAAUUAUGAGUGUAUAGACCGCGGGUCCAAAUGACAAAUUCGAAAGAUCAGCUAGACAGUCACUUUUCAGCCGCGGGUUACCAGACCGCGCUGAGGGGAAUUAAGCCUUCGUAUUGACCUAGACAGCCGUUGCUUGAAUCAUAAUUUAGCGGGGUACCCUAAAUCUCGC